AUGUCAGACUGGGAGGACGAGUACGAUGGAGACGGCGUUGCUAUUGCGAAACCCGCACACAAACCAACUGAUGCCGAAAGGAAAAGCGUCAGGAAAGACGGUCCGGAAGAUAGAAAUGUCCAUUUCGGUGCAAAAAGUCGAACCUGGUCCGGAGAAUCCAGAGAUGCCAGAAGUGAGCGCAGCUGGGAGGGUUUGGAGUUCAGGAACCGAAGAGGUCCCGCAGACCGCGGCGGAGGCCCCCGAGAGCGGCGGAGUGGGGACGAAAUGGCCGACGGCUCCCAACAAUCUAUUUUGAAAGUAGAAAACGUGUCCAUUGGAAGGAUAAUCGGGCGCGGGGGAGCGAAAAUACGGGAACUUGAAGAGAGCAGCGGCGCGAGGAUAAAGAUUACCAGGGGAGAUUAUGAAGGAGAGGUGGCCAUCUUUGGAUCAUCUGCUGCACAGCAAAAGGCCAAAGAAAUGAUUGAAGACCUGGUUUCCGGCGGCACCUCUCAGUUCAGUUACGGCAGAGGGCAGUGCAGUGACGGGGAAAGGUUCAGAGGAGGGGCGGAUAAAGGAGCCAUGAGCAGGAACGGCUCCGUGUGGGCAAAGGACGUGCCGCGGGCUCCAAGCGAUGCUCCAGCCCCUCCAUCCAUCGACUGGAACGACAUCCGACAAAACAGAAAGAAGUACGAGGAGCUGAAAUGGAAAGACCUCCCACCACUGAAGAAGAACUUUUACACUGAAGCAGCGAGUGUGUCCAGGCUCACACCCGAGGAAGUCAUUGAAUGGAGGAAGGAGAAUAACAACAUAUUUGUAGAUGACUUAAAGGAGGAUGGAGAAAAGCGCUCCAUACCUCGUCCCUGUCGUACAUUUCUGGAGGCAUUCAGCGCUUACCCAGAGAUUAUGGAAAAUAUUGAGCGUGUUGGUUUUGUCAAACCAACCCCCAUACAGUCUCAGGCAUGGCCAGUGUUAAUGAGUGGAGACGACCUGAUAGCGAUUGCUCAGACAGGAACAGGGAAAACUCUGGCCUACCUGCUGCCAGGAUUCAUCCACAUGGAUGGGCAGCCUGUACGCAGAGAUGAGAGGGAUGGUCCAGGCAUGUUGGUGCUGACUCCUACCAGAGAACUAGCUCUGCAGAUCGAAGCAGAGUGCAGCAAGUACAGUUAUAAAGGAUAUAAAAGCAUCUGCAUCUAUGGAGGGGGUGACAGGAGAGGCCAGAUCAACCUGGUGAAGAGCGGCGUGGACAUCGUGAUCGCCACGCCAGGCCGACUCCACGAUUUACAGAUGAACGAGCUCAUCAACCUUCGCUCCAUCACCUACCUGGUGCUGGACGAGGCUGACCGCAUGCUGGAUAUGGGCUUCGAACCUCAGAUCCUGAAGAUUCUGCUGGACAUCCGUCCGGACCGGCAGACUGUCAUGACCAGUGCCACCUGGCCCACAGGUGUAAGGAGAUUGUCCAAAUCCUACCUAAAGAAUCCUAUGAUGGUUUACGUGGGGACUCUGGACCUGGCUGCAGUGAACACAGUGCAGCAGUCACUGCUGAUUGUUCAGGAGGAGGAGAAAAAGAUGUACGUUUACGACUUCAUCAGGAACAUGAAGCCCCAGGACAAAGUCUUGGUCUUUGUGGGCAAGAAGAUUGUCGCCGAUGACCUGACGAGUGACCUGUGCCUGCAAGGAAUCGCCGUGCAGUGCCUCCAUGGGGACCGCGAGCAGAGCGUCCGUGAAGAGGCCCUCAGCGACUUCAAGGAGAGUCGAGUUCGCAUCCUGGUCGCCACCGAUCUGGCUUCCAGGGGCCUGGACGUCCAUGACAUAACGCAUGUUUUUAACUACGACUUCCCACGAAACAUAGAGGAGUACGUCCACCGAGUGGGCCGCACGGGCCGAGCAGGACGAUCGGGUGCUGCCAUCACUCUAUUAACAAGAGACAACUGGAGGAUGGCCCCGGAGCUGAUUUCUAUCCUGGAGAGAGCAGGACAAGACGUCCCAGAAGAGUUGGUGCUGAUGGCAGAGAGAUACGAGAAGCACAAGAAGGAGAGAGAGAUGUGUCCUCCUCGAGGACGCGGAUGGGAGGGCGGAGGAGGAGGAGGCGGCGGUGGAGGGAGAGGCGGCAGAGACAGAGGGCAAAGCUGGCGAUACUAAUGUCUGUAGAUCAGGCUGGGAUCCCAUCUAAAGUUGGCUGUAAUUUCUUCAGCAUGUAAAAGUUUCGUUUAGUGUUUAAGUGUGGUAUUUUUCUCCUCUGCAUGAGUGACCAUCGGGUGUUGCCGUUUGUUUUGCCAGGUACACACCGUUGCUUUUAAAGGCUAACAAAUGCACUGUUUCAAGUCUGGUAUUUGCUUUAUAUGUCCCGCAUCAACUUUGUUUAUAUAGACUGAUUGUUUUUGCAGUGUGUUUUUCUUUUGUUUUGUUUUUGGGAUAAAGUGUUCAAUAAAUUCUCUUUGUGAAGAGACAUACUGUGCAGUGUGCGUCUUUAAGCGGCAGUGUUGGCUGGUUUAGCCAAAGUUAAGACUUUCUUUACUGUAAGACAAAAUUACAACUGCAACGGUUAGUUUUUUUUUUUUUUUUUUUUUACUUUUAAAGAAAACAAAUCUAGGUUUUAUCAAGUCUUAGCAGCUACUCACCACUUUAUCCUUGAUCCUAUUUCUAUAUUUAAGAAGGCUGAAGAAACAAAGCAAAGUUAAGUUUAAUUAAUAAGCAUUAUUUUGCUACCAACCCUGGAGGUGAGCUUUUUCCGUUCUUAACCACAACAGGAAUGCUGUCGUGCAAUGGAAAAAAGAAUGACUCACACAACUGUCUUUCAAGGCUGGGGGGAAAAAAGGAAAUUGGGUAACUUUGGGCGAUAAGUGUCAUGGUAGUCAAACAGUUGAACAUCCUAGUACUGAAACAGUGCUAGGAUGAAGGGGAAAAGACAGAUAUGGGGAAAUGUUUAUUCGAUAAACAAAAAAGUCCUGAAAGAAACUUUUGACUUAAUGUUAAGAAUCAAAUCAAUGCUGUUUAAACACCACAGCUAACUGAAACAUCUCUUUCAAGCUUGUAGUCCCUGCAUUUAUCGUGCCACUGCAGGUUAUUUUUCCUCUGCGUUUUUCUUUUCUUAUACUCCUUUCAUGUGAGUGAAUGAGUGUCUUGCCACUCUGAGCUGUGCAAAUAAACUUGCCUCUUGUGUUUUGUGUAAUCUUA